AUGACCGAAAAAACCUUCCGCGAAUACACCACCGACCAGGGCAAAGAAUACGCCCAGAGCCGACUAGACUACCACCCCAAGCUCUACGACACCGUCAUCAACCACCACAAAUCCACCGGCGGGCAGCUCAACGCCCUGCUCGACGUCGGCUGCGGCCCUGGCAACGUCGCCGCAGCUCUCAGCAAGCAUUUCACGCAAACAACCGGCCUCGAUCCAUCCGAGGGCAUGAUCAAGACCGCGCGAGCCAUCUCUAGCAACAAUGGCGCAAUCCGCUUCGAGGUCUCCACAGCCGAAGAUCUAGGCAGCAGCAGCAGCGGACUUUCCCCGCCCAUUGCCGACGCCUCAAUCGACCUGCUCACAGCCGCAACAGCCGCGCACUGGUUCGACAUGCCCUCCUUCUGGCGCGCCGCAGCCCGAGUCGUAAAGCCCGGCGGGUCUGUCGCGAUCUGGGGCAGUGGGAAUCUGCGCGUUGACGCUGGCACGCCGAAUGGGGAGGCGAUCCAGGCGCGCAUUGACGCGUUCGAGGAAGAAUUGUCGCCGUAUUUCCUGCCUGGGAAUUGGCUUACGAGGGGACUGUAUAGGGAUUUGGGGUUGCCGUGGAGUGUGGAGCCUGCGGUGGAGGGGUUUGAGGAGGGGGCGUUUUGGAGGAAGGAUUACGAGAAUACGGAGGAGUUUUUGGCUGUGGGGGCGCCGAAGGUGGAUCUUGUGGCGUUUGAGAGGAUGUUGGGGACGAUGAGUCCUGUUACGAGGUGGAGGGAGGAUCAUCCUGGGGCUGAGGGGACGGAGGAGGAUAUUGUGAGGAGGUUCAGGAGGGAUAUUGAGCGGCUGUUGAGGGAGAGUGGGGUGGAGGAUGGCCAGGAGAGGCUGAAGGGGUCUGCGCAGGGGUUUUUGCUUGUUGUGAAGAGGAAAUAG